GAAAAUCAGUUAAAUUAAUUUUAUUUAGUUUGAUGUCUCUAUUGAUAUUCUAUCCAAGCAUUUGCAAAAAGUGACCAGAACUCUUUGGACAAGUCAUUAAGUAACUCAUAGACCAAUAGGUCAUGGGCUUAACUAGACAUACAAGAUUUAGUGAGCUAUGGCUGAAUCGUUCAACUGUUGUGGCGCCACAACCAGUGAAACAUUUUGGCAAAUGGUUCAAUCUUUGAAGGAGCUUUCAUUGCCAGUUACACAUCACAUCCAACUGUCUGGAAUCUCACCAGAACAUAUCUGUGUUUCAGUACUAAUCUCAAGCACAAUUGCUGCAUUUGGUUACUUCUGCUGGUCUCAUUGUUGCUGCCUAAAGCGACACAACUAGUUCAAGAAAAAUGAAUCACCCACAGCAAGAUCAAUCGGUUGUGACGAUGGUGAAGCGAGGCUCUUCCCGCUUCGAUCCGCUUCCAACAUCGGAUGACUCUGAUCCUGCCCUGCUGAGUCACCGAGCGAUCGAAGGUAGCAGCGGAGGUGGAGGCGGACCGGGUUGGCCCAUAGCACCCAACGGAUCAGACAGGCUAAUGGGGCAAAAUGGCUUGGAUAACAGCCCUUCCUUCAGUCCAAAAGAUGAUGAAUCUCACAGGUUGGCGGUCGUCAGUCAGCCGGUCAUCAAACGGCUAAAUGGCGGCAGCGACGCUGUUCAUCCCGCUACUAACAUGGACGUCGAUGGCGAAGAAGAUGAAGACGAGGAGCUACUCUGCGGUCUCGGCCCGUGUUUCUCACCCGCGUGGCUCCAGCCGCUGGCCUCCAAACAGAUGUUCCUGGCCGUCUUCUGUCUGGCUUGCGUACUCCAGGGAAUGUUCUACACGUACUUUGUCAGCGUGCUGACCACAAUCGAAAAACUCUUCCAAAUCCAGUCGAAAACGACUGGUAUCAUCAUGAGCGCUACCGAAAUAGGACAAAUUGGUGGCGCUCUCCUUCUCACUUAUUACGGUGGCCAAGGCCACCGUCCCAAAUGGAUCGGCUGGGGUAUGGUUCUCUUUGGCGCCUCCGCCGCACUCUGCUCCCUACCCCAUUUUCUCUUUUGGAGGACCAAACCCAACACGGGAUCCUCUUCGUCACUCUCUUCUAUGUUAUCGCCCGAUCUGCAAAGCGGACUCAGUUUAGUUGCACCGAUGGAUCCUUCUCGUCUUUCAGGUCCACAAAAACUGGAAAUGGAUCUCAUCUGCCGACAGGUGGAGAAUGCCAAUCUCAGCUUGGGCCCGCAAAUAUCUGAACUUGAACGUAACGAGCAAUGCGCUAAGAGUAGCAAACAACAGGCCAUUUCACGAACGACGACAGUUGUUUUGGCUUUCUUUUUCUUGAGUCUUUUGGGUAUCGGCAUGGGCCGGACUGCCGUCGAAACACUUGGUAUCCCAUAUAUGGAUGAUAAUGUGGCAAAUCGAGAAUCUCCUACCUAUUUCGCUAUAAACAUUGGUGUCAAGAUUCUGGGACCUGUCUUUGGCUUCGUCCUGGGCUCGUUGUGCACGUCAAUUUAUGUGGAUCCGUUAGUCGAACCUGACGUUACGCCAAAAGAUCCUCGUUGGAUCGGGGCGUGGUGGCUUGGAAUGAUCUUCGUCGCUUCCACUAUUUUAUUGGCUUCCUUUUCCAUGUUUGCCUUUCCACGGCGGUUGCCCAGGAAGGGCAAGCGGACUGGCCAGCAUAAGAAACAAGUCAAUGGUAAAAUAGCGUCGCCAGAAGCAAAACCCAAAGUGCAACAAGUGUCUGCAAUGCGGAGCAAGAACCCCAGUUUGAAAGACUUUCCUAAAGCCAUUCGUCGGCUCUUGAAGAAUGAUAUCCUUCUCUUUCGAACUGCUAGCAGCGUCCUCCAUAUUCUACCAGUGGCGGGCCUUUACACUUUUCUUCCGAAAUAUCUAGAAUCGCAAUUCAGAAUGACCGCCCACUCCGCCAACAUGAUCUCUGGUAUCGGCGGUAUUGGAGUAAUGGGUAUUGGCAUCUUUUUCAGUGGAGUGUUCAUUCGUCUAAGAAAACCCAGCCCCAAAUUUGUUGCGGCGUGGAUAGCCCUAACUGCACUUCUUUAUGCUAUUGGGAUGGCUCUGCUGAUGUUACUGGGAUGUCCGAUGAGUGAUUUCUCUGGUUUGGAACAAACCGAUAGCGGAAUGACAAUCAAAAUACCUUGCAAUCGGACGUGUGAAUGUGACAGUAGCGUGUUUGCUCCUAUUUGUACAUCGACGGGUGAAACUUACUUUUCAGCCUGUCACGCCGGUUGCGCCAAUCUCACCCACGUCGGUGGACAAGUGGGAAGCACCGAGUACUCCAACUGCGAAUGUCUCGAUGUGGGCGUGACGGCUACUUCAGGCUACUGCCACCUUGAAUGUAACAACUACAUCUGGUAUAUUGGAAUCUUUUCGCUGUUUGUUUUGAUACAUUCAACGAGUGAGGUGGGCUCCAUGCUGCUUACUCUUCGAUGCGUACACGCCAAAGAUAAAGCUAUGGCUCUCGGGUUGAUUCAAUUUGCCAUUGGAUUGUUUGCCAACGUGCCGUGUCCAAUUAUUUACGGCGCUGUGGUCGACUCAGCCUGUUUUGUAUGGGAAAAGACAUGCGGCGAACAAGGUGCUUGUUGGCUCUAUGACGCCAAAACCUUCCGAGUCUCGUUUCACGGUACGACAGGAGCGUUGAUGCUUUGUGCGUUCUUCGUAGACCUGGUCGUCUGGUACAAGGCCGACAAGAUUACUUUCCCCGAGGACGAGACUCCGCCCUGCGUCGAAAUGGAGCAGCUAGCUCCUUCCGCACCACUGGCCGUCCAAUAUGAAAGCACUCUGUGAUGAUUAUAAACGAUUCCUCAACAUGCUGCUUUGCUAGACAAAUGAAUAUUAAAACCAAGAAGAACCGCUACCCUACCAUCCUCCCAAAAGAAGAAAAAAUGAACGCCUCCCCCAUACCAUUUCCGGUCACCGCAGAUUGGUGACGAGGGCCAGCGUUUUAAGCGGGCUGUAUGACGGAGAUAAUGAAGAAAUCUCUAAGAGGCAAACAAUAACGAGUCCUUCAAAUCUCCUGGUUCGGUGCUGAUGAUUGAGUGUGUUUGUGUGUGUUUUGUUGCCAGUGGCCAGUGAUUUGUCAAUACUGCAGGCGAUCUUUGAAUCCUGUGUUUGUGACCAAAGGAUUGCAGUGACAUGACGUUCAUCUUCAUAUUAUUGUUAUUAUUAUUAUUUUUGUUUUUAUCAAAAGGUACAUUCUAUCAAAGGUGGCUGCUCUUUCAGAGUUAUUUUUUCAUCUCUUUGUGUGUGUUGUGUUAAAUUGUGGACUUAUAUUGUCCUCCAUUGCGAUCGUAAUUGAAAUCUUUGAUGGUGGACUCUAAUGGCUUAACCUGUUACGCAUCCAUCUAUCUCAUCGCUUUAUGCCUGUAAAAAUGCUGCAACUAUUUCGAUAAAUCUUGUGUAUCUCCAAUUGUUAGCGAGCCCAUGCUGGAAGUUUAUGAAAUGUUAAACCACGUGGUCAUUUUGCUUGUUUAUGACAAGCCCCUCUGAUGCAAGGCACUAUACCCGUCAUGUAACGCGAGCCAUGGUUUCUUUCUACUUGUUUUUUUUUUUUUUUUUUUUCCAUUUUCAUUUUUUUUUCUUUCGUUCUUUUCUAGCCUAUCCUCCCCGUCUCCUCGUUUCUCACCAGCAGCCGAGGGGUUUGUUGUUGUAAACACAAGCAUGCGCACAAUGUUUCUAAAAUUCUCCUCCAAAGAGAGUUUGUUGCCCUUUUUGGUUUCGUGUUAUGAAAUGACGGAAAUGAAAUGGAUGCGCUCGUUAAUGUUGCUGCUGGGCAAGUGCCAUGCUCUUACAUACACACAUCUAUACAGUAUACAAAGGAUAUAUAAUGCAA